AUGGAAUUUGUGAACAGCUCUACACCAAGAUAUGAAUGUCUCCUCUUUGAUUUGGAUGAUACUCUUUAUCCUUUCAGCUCUGGUUUAUCAGAUGCAUGCACCAACAACAUCAUAGAAUUCAUGGUUCAGAAACUUGGAAUAGAUGAAGAAGGGGUCGUCGAACUAAACGAUAUUCUCUACAAAAAACAUGGAACUACAAUGGCUGGUCUAAAGGCUGUAGGUUAUGAAUUCGACAAUGAUGAGUACCACAGUUAUGUUCAUGGGAGAUUGCCCUAUGAGAACCUUAAACCGGAUCCGGUUCUGAGAAAUCUCCUCCUUAGUCUACCUUUUCGAAAAUUGGUUUUCUCAAAUGGAGAUGAAGUUCAUGUGACGAAAGCUCUAAAAAGACUCGACAUUGAAGAUUGUUUUGAGAGAAUCAUAAAUUUCGAGACCUUAAACCCUAAGAUCCACGAUUCUUGUGUCGCAGAUUACCUUAUCGAGAAUCCGGUUAUCUGUAAACCAGCCGAGAUUGCAUUCAAGAAAGCCUUCGACAUUGCACAGCUGAAUCCUUAUACAACCUUGUUCUUCGACGACAGUACUCGGAACAUCCAAACCGGGAAAUCCGUGGGUCUCCAUACCGUCCUGGUUGGUAAAUCAGAGAAAAUUGAUGGAAGUGAUUACGCGUUAGAAAGCAUUCAUAACAUGAAAGAUGCGUUUCCGGAGUUAUGGUCGGAAUGCAACAACAACAAUGAGUCUGAAACAAUUGUUUACGCUUCUCAGAUCUCGAUUGAAACUUCUGUUCAAGCUUAG